AUGGCAAAAGCCUAUGAGUUCAAUUGGCAGAAGCCGGUGCCUGAUUUUAUGCAGGCAGGAGAGUAUUUUGAUAGAUUUGAUGAGGAUUCGUUUGUGUUGGAGCUGAACAGUUUUUUUAAAGUGGAUGCUUUUGGGUUCUUCAUCACCUGGAAAAGUGAGGGAAAGGAAGGUCAGGUUCUGGAGUGUUCAUUAAUCAACAGUAUUCGAAAUACAAACUUGCUCAAGGAUCCAAAGUUUGUGUCUGCACUUGAAGCAGCAGGAAAAACUGAGAGUGAUGUGGAGGGAAGAAUCAUCUGUAUAUGCAGUGGCACUGACCUGGUUAACCUCAGCUUCAUGUACAUUCUGGCUCAUAACUUGAGCACUGCAAAGCAAUGGACAGACAGCUUGCGAUUAUUGAUUCACAACACCCGGGCAAACAGUGUGUGCCCAAUGACCUGUCUGAAGAAGCACUGGAUGAGGCUGUCAUCGUUGACCAAUGUGAGUGGAAAAAUCCCAGUGAGAAGCAUUACAAGAACAUUUGCGUCUGGAAAAACGGAGCGGGUUAUAUUUCAAGCACUGAAAGACCUUGGUCUGCCCAGUGGGAAGAAUGAUGAAAUUGAGCCUGAAGAUUUUACCUUUGACAAGUUUUACUCUCUUACUCAGAAGAUUUGCCCCAGGACUGACAUUGAGCUGCUUUUUAAGAAAAUCUGUGGGGAUAAAAAUGAUUAUUUAAACAUAGAGCAGUUAGUCAGCUUUUUAAAUGAAAACCAACGCGACCCUCGUCUUAAUGAGAUUCUCUUCCCGUUUUAUGACUCCAGACGUGCCCGGCAAAUCAUAGACACCUACGAGACUGAUGAGAAACUGAAAAAAAGGGGUGUAAUGUCGUGUGAUGGGUUCUGUGGGUACUUGAUGUCUGAUGAGAACGCUCCAGUGUUCCUAGAUCGACUGGAGCUCUAUCAAGAGAUGGACCAACCACUGGCGCAUUACUUUAUCAGCUCCUCCCACAAUACUUACCUGACAGGCAGGCAGUUUGGAGGGAAGUCCUCGGUGGAGAUGUACCGGCAGGUUCUGCUCUCUGGCUGCAGGUGUGUAGAGCUGGAUUGCUGGGAUGGAAAAGGAGAAGAUCAGGAGCCUAUUAUCACUCACGGCAAAGCCAUGUGCACUGAUGUGCUUUUUAAGGAUGUCAUUCAGGCCAUCAAAGAGACUGCAUUUGUGACGUCUGAGUACCCCAUCAUUCUUUCGUUUGAGAACCACUGUUCGAGACAUCAGCAGUAUAAGUUGGCCAGAUAUUGUGAGGAUAUUUUUGGAGAUGUGCUCCUCAAGCAGCCUUUAGAUGAUUUUCCGAUGGAGCCUGGACAACAUCUACCUUCACCGAAUGACCUUAAAAGGAAAAUUCUUAUUAAAAAUAGAAGAUUAAAACCCGAAGUUGAAAAAAAGCAACUGGAGCACUUCAGGAAACAUAUGGAAACUGGAGAAAUGAACAUGUCUACCAGCAUAUCAGAGGAUGAGAACGAGGAGGAUGCUACCUCCGCGGAGAUUGUGGAUGAGGCUCAUCCCGAACGGAUGUGUGGUCUUGUCGCUAGCCAGACGAGUAAUACUGAGGGAGCUGCACCUGGGACAAGAAAGGCUGGUGAAACAAAUGUGGCAGAUGAGCUUGCUCUGAUUCAGUCUUACACAUACGUCGCAGCCACCACUAAUAUUCACCCGUACUUAUCCAGCAUCAUCAACUACGCACAGGCUGUAAAGUUUCUAGGUUUUGAGGAGGCUGAAGAUAAGAACAUCCACUUCAACAUGUCCUCCUUUAACGAGUCUGUAGGAUUAGGAUACUUAAGGACCAAUGCCAUUGAAUUUGUCAACUACAACAAGCGCCAGAUGAGUCGAAUCUAUCCCAAAGGCGGUCGAGUGGACUCUAGUAACUAUAUGCCUCAGAUCUUUUGGAAUGCUGGCUGCCAGAUGGUUGCUCUGAACUUUCAGACCCCAGAUUUGACAAUGCAGCUGAACCAGGGGAAAUUUGAAUACAAUGGAUCAUGUGGAUAUUUGCUGAAGCCAGAUUUCAUGCGUCGACCAGACCGCAUGUUUGAUCCUUUUUCAGAGACUCCUGUGGACGGAGUGAUUGCUGCCACAUGCAGUGUGCAGGUGAUUUCAGGCCAGUUUCUCUCCGACAAGAAGAUUGGCACAUAUGUGGAGGUGGAUAUGUACGGGCUGCCCACAGAUACCAUUCGGAAAGAGUUUCGGACCAGGAUGGUGAUUAAUAAUGGACUCAACCCUGUGUACAACGAAGAGCCCUUUGUUUUUCGAAAGGUAAUCCUACCGGACCUGGCAGUGCUCAGAAUAGCGGUGUAUGAUGACAACAAUAAGCUGAUUGGACAGAGAAUUCUCCCACUGGACGGUUUGCAGGCCGGCUACAGACACAUCUCCUUACGAAAUGAGGGCAACAAGCCUCUCUCCUUACCCACCAUCUUUUGCAACAUCAUCCUCAAAACAUAUGUACCUGAUGGAUUUGGAGCCAUUGUAGAUGCACUGUCAGAUCCCAAAAAAUUCAUAUCCAUCUGCGAAAAAAGAACAGACCAAAUGAGAGCCAUGGGCAUUGAGACGUGGGAAAUAGCUGAGGUUCCAAGUGACACCCCAAAGAGAAGUAAGAAAGGAAAGAUUAAUCAAGUCAAAGCAGUGGCACAUCCGAAGAUUUCAGAGAAACACAGCACAACAUCAGGACAGAUUGCGAGUAUAUCCUCAAAAAUGGGUACCCAGCUAGAUAUGCCUCAAGUUACUAUUGAUGACAUGAAACAGUUGAAGGCAUACUUAAAGCUACUAAAGAAGCAGCUAAAGGAACUCGGUGCACUACAGAAAAAGCAAAAAAAGGUACAAACUGCACUACAGAGAACUCAUUGCACUCAAGUGGACAAAAUUGUGGCCCAGCAUGAAAAAGAGAAGCAGGCUCUGGAGAAGCAACUAGACAAAAACAGUAAGAAAGUCAGUGAAAGGAACUGUGAAAUGAGGAGAGAAAUGGAAAGAAAGAUGAGGAGCAUAACUGCAGACCACAAAACAAAGGUAAAGAACACGGCUGCUGCUCAUGCUGAGGAACUGGAUGACAUGAUAAAGACCCAUAAUGCCGGGUGCCAGGAGCUUAAAAACCAGCACAUCGUGCAGCAAUGUGAGCAGCUCAGGAAGCUGAUGCUAAUGACACAAGAGCAGCAGAGACAGCAGCUCAUACACCUCCAUGAACGACAGAGUAAAGAGAUGAGUGCUAACCAAACAAAGUCAUCCAUGGAGAACGGCAAAGCAAUCAGUCAAGACAAGAGAAUCAAAAACAAAGCUGAGCGAGAACGGAGAGUUCGAGAACUGAACAGCAACAACACAAGAAAAUUCCUCAUAGAAAGAAAAAAGCUUGCUUUAAAUCAGUCGAAAGAGAUGGAACAGCUCCAGACAGUUCAUCAUGAGCAACUAGAGAAGCUGGAAAAAUAUAACUCUGAGCUAUUGAAGUCACACCAAUCAACAUCUGAGUGCAAAGGCCAAAGUUACAGAACAGAUGCAGAGCACAGAGGAGACGAGAACUUAAGUCCCAGAGGUGUCCUGACAUCCCUAACCACACGAUCUCUGUGAACAAAGGCACACACGCACACACAUGCACAGCUGCCGAGAAGUUCAAAAACUGCACUUGAUGUUUUUAUAUAUACACUCUCUGAGCACUUGUUAGGUACACUUCUCUGCUUUGUACAAUUAUGUACAAUUUAGUUCAGGCUUUAAAGUUACAUUCAUUGCUAACAG